ACAACCUCCCGCAGCAUGUUUUACGGGCCGUCCUCCACCAUGGCCCCGCCGUCCAAGAGCCGCCUGAAGCGCCAGAGCCGCCUCUUCUCCCAGGUCCUGUACCGCACCCUGAGCUACAAGGACCGCGGCUCUGCCACCCCGGCGGCCGCGGAGGACGAUCCGGCCGAGCUCUCCACCCAGCUCUCGGCCCCCGGCAUCCUCAAAAUCUUCGGGGGCAACAUCUGCGCGGGCACCAACUACAAGAGCGUGCUGGUGACGGGCAGCUCCGGCGCUCGGGAGCUGGUGAAGGAGGCUCUGGAGCGCUACGGGCUGAGCCAGCUCAGCGCCGCGCAGUUCGCGCUCUGCGAUGUCAUCGGCCGCUUCCAGGGCCCCGACAGGCAGUGGCACACAGAGGGGCUCAGGGUGCUGGGUGACCACGAGAAGCCGCUGCUCAUCCAGGACCUCUGGAAGCCCAGGGAGGGCUUCUCGCGCCGGCUGGAGCUGCGCAGGAGGGCGGAGGUGGAGGAGAUGGCGGCCAGGGAUGUGGACACCACCACUGCAGGCAUCAACGCCCAAGCGCGGAAGCUGCAGCGGCACCGGGCGCGGGGGGCCCGGCGGGCGGCGGGGGCUGAGCGGCGCGGGCCCCCCCCGGCCCUGCGGCGCAGCCUCAGCGAGACCAGCCUGGGGACCCCGCGGCACUGCUCCACCCUGCCCGGCAGCCCGGCGGCGGCGCGGAGCGGCGGCGGCAGCAGCAGCAGCAGCAUGCGGUACUCCCUCUACCAGUCCCCGCACCUCCUGCUCCUGCAGGGCUACAGCCAGCAGCAUGACAGCCUGGUUUACCUGCUGAACCGCGAGCAGCACACGGUGGGCCAGAGGACACAGGCGAGCAAGCCCAGCAUCAGCCUGUCAGCCCCGGACAUCCUGCCCCUGCACUGCACCAUCAGGAAGCUCCGACCUUCCCGGAAUCGCUCGGAGGAGAAGCUGGUGCUGGAGCCCAUCGCCGGCGCUGGCAUCUCUGUCAACUUCGCGGAGGUGGCCCGGACGGUGGUGCUGCGGCACGGGGACCUGCUGUCCCUCGGCCUCUAUUACCUGCUCCUCUACAAGGACCCCAUGAAGGCGCAGCCGCUGCCGGCGCAGACCCUGCUGAGGUUGCGAGCCCUGCACCCCGAGGGUCCCCACGUGUGCGGGGCGUGUGGCAGCCUGCUGAAGGACAAGGACCCUGCUGCCAAACAGCGCGGCCCCUCGCCCGCCGGCGGCCCCAGGACGCCCCGCAGGAGGCUGCAGCUGGAGUUCGAGCCGGCGGCCGAGGAUGUGCUCCUGCGGCGCAUCAUGACCCUGAUCGAGCCCGGAGGGGAUGACCACAAGCUGACACCCGCCUUCCUGCUCUGCCUCUGCAUCCAGCACUCGGCCACCAACUUUGAGCCAGGAGACUUCGGGCAGCUGCUGCUCAAAGCGGCCAAAAUGAUCCAGAGGACGGUGUGGGAGCGGACACGGGAGCUGGCUGAAAAGCAAUCCCAGCACCAGGACCCUGCCACCCUGUCCCGCUUCACCAUCACAGACCUUCUCCCAGACCUGCAGCACAUCAUCUUCUGGAUGGCCAAUGCCAUUGAGAUCCUCUACUUUGUCCAGCAGAAAUCACCCACCUACAUCCAGAGCAUGGAGGAAGAGCUGGACAUCAAAGGCUCCAAGGAGUCUCUGUUCUCCUCGACCAUCACGGCCAGCGAGGAGGCGAUGACGGUGCUGGAGGAGGUGAUCAUGUACACCUUCCAGCAGUGUGUCUACUACAUCUCCAAGUGUCUGUACGUGUCGCUUCCUGCCCUGCUGGAGUGCAACCCCUUCCAGAGUGAGUGCCGGGAGAGCUGGCGGGGCAGCCCGCCGCUGCCCGAGGAGCUCCGCAGGGUCGUGCUCAUCUACCAGGCCGUGCUGGACCUGCUCCACCAGUACGAAGUGCACCCCGAGAUCACCUCCCAGAUGUUUGCCUACCUCUUCUUCUUCUCCAACACUCUGCUCUUCAACCAGCUCCUGGAUAAGGGCUCCUCUCUGGGCUGCUACCACUGGUCUCAGGGGGUGAAGCUGCGGGCCAGCGUGCGGCUGCUCCUGGAAUGGCUGCGCAGUGCCGGCUUCGAGCAGCUCGCCCAGCAGUUCUUUGCCAAACUCGCCAGCGUGGCCAACCUGCUGGCCAUGCCCGGCUCCCAGCUGGUGCAGAUGACCUGGCCAUCCCUGCGAGCUGAGUUCCCAGCGCUGAGCCCUGCACAGCUGCACCGGGUGCUGAGCCAGUGCCAGGCAGUGAUGGAUGUGGGCUGCAUCUCAGCAUGGCAACCCAGUGAGGAGGAGAGCCCGGCCACCUUCCAGCCUGAUGAGAUGCUGGAGUCCUUUGACAACCACCCACCCAUCAUCCUGCCCAGUGGGGGCUUCAAAGUGGACCUGGAGGUGGAGACAUUGGAUGAUAACAUCUAUAGACACCUCCUGUACAUCCGCCACUUCCUCUGGAGCCUGCAGAGCAGGAGCCCCCACACCAGCGAGGGGCCAGGCUCAGCUCUCCCAAAGAAAGAGGCAUGCACGACGCCGGAGGUGCUGGAGGCGCCCACGGACUCCUCCUGCCUGCUCACACCACCCACCACCCCCCUGAACUUCGACUGCGGCAGCCCCGAGUCCCCUCAGGGCACGGGCAAAGGGCUGCAGGACCCGCGGAGGAACGGCAUGAACGGCACCAAAGGCAGCACCCCCGAAGGCUGCUCGCCGACCCCCUAUGAUUACCCCACGCCGGAAUCCUCCAGCCGCAGCUCCGCCACCGACGACUUCUGCUACGUGUUCGUGGUGGAGCUGGAGAGGGGACCCAUCGGGCUGGGAAUGGGGCUGAUCGACGGCGUGCACACCUCCCUGUGCUCCCCGGGGAUCUACAUCCGCACGCUGAUCGAGGACAGCCCCGCGGCUGCCGACGGCAGGCUCUCCAUCGGGGACCGCAUCCUGGCUGUCAACGGCACCAGCCUCAUCGGGGCCGACUACCAGAGUGCCGUGGACCUCAUCCGCUCUGGAGGGAAAAAGCUGCGGUUUCUGGUUGCCAAGUCGGACAUUGAAAUAGCAAAAAAAAUCAGUUCCAGCUCCUCUUCCUCUUAGUCCUUGUGGUACAAGGAUCUUUCUGCAGCAGCUUGUGGCUACAGCUCUGGUUAAGGCUGACCUCAGGGAGCCUGGAGUGCAAGAGGGAGGACCAGGACUCCACAACAGCCCUCGAUGUGCUUUUGGACACUUUGCCCCUGCACUGCAGCAGAUGAAAGGACACACAAGGAUGGUGCACGCUUCUCCCACUGCACUGGCUGGGAGCAUCAUUCCUGAUCCAUUGCCCAGCCUCACCUUAUACCCAGUGUCAUCCUUCUCAGGAGCUUUCCUGUUCCUUUGUCCCCUCUGGCAGGGGGAGGGAAGGGGAUGCUCCCAGCAUAGGGAUUUGUAGGCAGGCUCCUCUGUUCCUCUAGGCUGGUAGCCCUGUGUGAUAUUUUAUGCUGGUAGGCAGAAGGCUUGAAAUACCUUUGUGUUUUGAAGAGAACACAUGGGGCAGGCCUGG